AAUAUAAUAACCAAAUCCACAGAAUACAUGUUGCAACAUCUGUAUUAGCCAAUGAAAACAUUGAACAAGAAUUAAGCAUUACUGAUUUAGAUUAUUAUAUAAGUAACAAUAGUGAUGUUGAAGAAGAGAUAACUACCAAAUCUCAUAAUCAAAAAAAUCAAAGUCUUGAAGAAAAUGAAGAUCUUGUUUUAUCAUUUGAAUAUAGAAUUAAAGCUGAAAAAACGAACACAGUGCAUUCACGUACUACUAAAAUCACUGUUAUAAUAGAUGUUUUAAUAAACAAUUUAGUAGUUAAUUGUGAUGUAGCUAAUCUUAGCAUGGCUCAAUAA